AUGGUCAAGAUUAGCUGUUCGCUGGUAGUGCUCCUUUCGCUUUGCGCUUGUUCAUACGCUCAAUAUGAAUAUCCGCAGCAGCGGCCUUCGCCCGAAACUGGAGCUCAGCCUACUGGAGGCCAAGUAGACAAUCGCAUUCUUGGAAAUCUCCUCGGUGGAGGAGGAGGACUCCUUGGAGGAGGCGGUGGCGGUGGAGUACUAUUCGGCAAUUUGUUAGGCGGCCUUUUGGGUGGCAAUCGUCCGCAACCCCAGCCCUACCCAGUGCCAGUUCCCGCAUAUGGGGGCGGAUUCGGCGGUGGAUACCCAAUUGGAGGAGGCGGAUAUACGGGCGGUCUUCCUGGUGGUUAUCCAGGUGGCUUUGGCGGAGGCUUCGGUGGCGGCUAUGGCAAUCCAUACGGUGGAUAUUAUGGCUAA